CAUAGUCACACCUUCACCUGUGGUCUAACUCUAGGCUCGAGACGUCCUGUAAGAUAUACAGGAGCAGACCCCAACAGUUGUGAGGUAAUAAUACAUACACCAUUGGGACCCGGUCAUCUGUUGCCAGAAUGAGGAAGCUGUUGUGUGGUGCAGUACUGGUGGUGACGUUGGUGAAUGUGGUGAGGCCUCAGUGCGUCUCCGACAAUGAUAAGCUGGUCCUGCCCUCAACACCUGACUUGGCACACAUCGCCCCAUUCACCUUCGACCUCUUCAAGCAACUCUAUCCACCUACUGCCACAGGAAACUUUUUCUUCUGCCCCUACAGCAUCUGGAACACCCUCGUACUCGCCUACUUUGGGUCGGCCGGCAGGACCCGCCAGCAGCUGCAGGACACUCUUCGCCUCAGUGACUCUUCAAACACUCUGGCUACCUACAAGGCCCUCGACCGUCUGUACGUGGAGAGGCAGGCUAACACCAGUGAAUAUGUGAUAGACUUAGCCAACAAGAUAUACGUCAACGAGAGCUUCGCCAUCCGGGACUGCAUCGCACAGGUCCUCCCUAAAGAGGUGCAGAGAAUCAACUUUAAAAAGGAGGAAGAGGCGGCCGCGACAAUCAAUCAGUUCGUGAAGAAUGUAACACGAGGCAAGAUACCAACCAUUGUGAAGGGUGAAACAGUGAAAGACAAGCCGAUGGUUCUGGUGAACGCCGCCUACUUCAAGGGUCUCUGGCUGGCGGCCUUCAAGAAACAGGCAACGAUCCAGACGAAGUUCUACACAACCCCGGAUAAACACACUCUUGUGGACAUGAUGACCCAAACUGAUUAUUUCAGAAUUGGAGACUCAAGCGAGCUGGGAGCGACAGUGUUAGAGAUGCCAUACAAGGGAGAGGCGGUUUCCAUGUUGGUGCUUCUGCCUCACAACACGAGUGCCAAUGCCACUGCCAACGCCACUGCCAACGCCACUGCCAACGCCACUGCCAACACCACUGCCAACGCCACCACACCCCUUGACGCCAUGCUGCAACGCCUCUCCCACCGCACCUUCAAGCAUGCCCUCACAAAAAUGACAUACGAGGAAGUCAAUCUCAAGUUGCCAAAGUUCAAGAUAGAGGAAACAAUCAACGAUGAACUAUUAGGGGCUCUUCAGCACCUGGGAAUCAGCGACCUGUUCUCCAAUGCUGCUGAUCUCACGAAUUUCGAUCCUAGUGGGAGAUUGGUGGUUACCAAUGGAAUCCACAAGGCCGUGGUAGAGGUGAACGAGGAGGGCUCCGAGGCUGCUGCUGCCACAAGCAUAAUCAUUGACCUUAAAAUCAUGAAACAGACUCUUGAGUUCACGUGUGACCGACCCUUCGUUUUCUUUAUUCAAGAUAACCAUACAAACAACAUUCUCUUCGUGGGAGUCUACAGACAACCAUUAAAGAGUACAUAGAACAGCAACCGAGCCGGAGCAAAGAUUCUGUUAAACAACAUUUUGUGUCUGAAAAUAUUGCCAACAACAUAAACUGGAGUUCAGGAUUCAUAUUUAAUCAAAAGGAAGAGCUACAAGAGUCAAGAAGUCAUGUAAAGAAAACGCAACAAACAAUUAGUUAAUACUAAAGAUGCCCCUUUUGUCAUCCUUCUGAGAUCUGAGACAUGAUCAUAAUAAUAAUAAUAAUAAUAAUAAUAAUAACUCAUUGUGCCGGGGGACAGGCAGCCAGAGUGUAUUCAUAAUACCAGAAUAAAUGCAGGAAUCCUGGUCGUCAACACCACCUUCAGCAAUGGAACACACUGAUCUUGCUGCAUAUAUUUCCUUCCUGAACCAAGUACACUCACCUGAACUUAUCAGGAACCUGGUGAAGCCUUAAUGUGACCAGAAUGUGUUGCUUGUGAGAACAUCAAUCACUCUACACUUUUCCUUCAGCAACCCUUUACUUAUUGUAGUCAAAUAUCAUCUUGGGAAGUAAAUAAUAAUCCACGUUA